UAGUGAUAACUGUCGUAAAGAAAAUGAAUUGGUUGUCGUUCAGAAAUUUCUUAUACGUAUUAACGACAACAAACGUCGUGUCACAAUCUACAUUUGAAAAAAUAAAGCCGAUGUUUUAUCAGGCAGUCUUGGAUGCUACUACGGAUAGUUCAGAAGCGGAACCAAAAGAUAUCGACAUUUUUUAUUCGACAUUUGAUGAGAAUGUCGAGUAUCCAUUGACACCAGGAUACAUCUCUCUCAGCAACAACCCGUAUUUAAGUAGACAGAGGUAUGAAUCGAAUGAUGAUUUCACAUGGUAUGGUCAGGGAGAUCUUGGAAACGCAUUCAGAGAAAAAAGAAACACAAUUGACUCCAGCGAUAAACUCCAAAAGAAUUUUUACAUUAAAAAACGUUUGUAUAUAGAACUUAUGCCGGAAAACCGACCGAUUUCAAGGCAUAAAAUGCGACUAUUUCCGUAUAGCAAUGUUGUGAAAAUUUCGUCUGGUUGUACUGGAACGUUACUAACGCCAGUCCACGUGCUGACUGCCGCUCAUUGUGUACACGACGGACAUGACUUCAAAGAUAAUAUGGAAAUGUUGAAAGUGGAAGUAACGGAUCGAAUGGGUUACAGAAUACAUUAUAUUGUUAAAAUAAACGUACCGGUCAUGUGGCUGAAAACACAGACGCUGCCGGAAGUUGGUCGUGGAGCGUUCGACUACGCUGUUUUGCAGCUGAAUCUUCCAGUGAGCGGACGGAACAAAUUUAUGCAGUUGUCCUUACCAACAGUUAAAACGUUGAACUCAGAUCUAGAGUUUUUAGGAUUUAAAUCAAAUGGUCUAUGGCUAUCAACAUGUGAUGCAUACGAAAGCAUAUUAUUCAUGAAAGGCAAUAUUGUACUUAGAAAAUGCAAGUCGUCUGCCGGAAAUUCCGGCGCAGCUGCCUUUUCAAAUAGUGCUGUAGACGGAAAUAAAAUUGUAGGAAUCUUGUCUAAUACUGUGUCUACAGCAGACGAAGACACCAACUACGAGACUAUUAUGCUUCUUACAUUACCAAAAUGUUUAGACAUUUGCGCAAUGAUUCACCCUGAAGGAGAUAAAUAUGACGUUUGUGAAAACAUAAGAAGGAAUAACAUACAGUAUCUAGAAGUUGGUUCUACAAGAAUCAAGCCGUUUUUUGGUUAAUACAAUUAAUAUUAACUUAAAAACAUUGUAAAGAAAUAACUGUUUACAACUACAUUAAACGUUUUCUAUGUUUCCGUGUUUCUGUCUGUUGAAAAAAAAUAUAUGUUGGUUAAAAUCUGACAAAGAAGCGCAUUAAUUAACGUUUGCCCGAAACGUGAUAGGAAGUAUUUUAAUACACAUACUGCAGAAAUUAUUUAAGUAUGUUACCCCUGAUAACGUUCACUGUUGUUCAAUGGACAUUUAAAGGUUAUGCAAAAAUGCCUUAUUUUUCAAUCAUGUACAUCUACCCGACGGCCCAAACAUCCCUAACCCAAAGUAGAGAUCGCCGUGACGUCACGCAUUAACAUGCUUGUCUGGUGGUAGGCAAAA